AUGAACUGCAUCAGCUCCCGGUGCCUGCCCGGCUGUGAGGUGGCCUGUCCCGAACCCUGUGCCUACAGCAGAGGCCUUGGCCCCUGUGUGGCCUCCUGUGGGGACUCCACAGCCCUGGUCUACGCCCCGCCCGUGUGGAUCACCUUCCCCGGCCCCAUCCUGAGCUCCUGCCCCCAGGAAAGCAUCGUGGCAUCCUCCAUGCCCCAGCCUGCCUCAGGGAUGGGAGGAUCCUCUGGUGGCCUGUCAAGAAUUGGGGGUUCCUAUGGGUCUGGGGGUUCCUAUGGGUCCGGGGGUUCCUAUGGAUCUAGCAGUUCCUAUGGGUCUGGGGGUUCCUAUGGCUCUGGGGGCUCCUAUGGAUAUGGGAGUUCUUCUGGGGGUGUGUCAGGGAAGGGGGGCUCCUCUGGAUAUGGGGGCUCCUCCCCAGGGGGCUGCUACAUCAGGAAGUUCUACACCAGCAGCAGCCGUGGAUCCCGCCUGGGAUACUGA